AGCAUCUUCUGUCCUUGUCCGAGGGUCAAAACAUUAAAAAGUUUUGUAUGGGGAAAACAGUCCUCUAUCCCACAGUUUCCAGUGCUAUGGUCUAGUGCAUCUAAGACUGCAACUGACAGCCACCAUUCGUUUUGCCAUUUGUGACCCAAUCCAUGUCAGUGGAUCCAUGUCGCCAUUUUGGAUUUUUUUUGGUUAAGUCUGACAGGGUUUUGUGAAUGGGUCGGUCAUCAGACACUCACGGUACACUUAGGCUUAUUUGUUCGUUUCAUGGGGGGUCAUUAGGAUCGCUCUUUGUCUGACCUCGCUUCUUCUCAUGUUUGUUCAUCACAGGUAGCUCUAAUGGAAGCAUUAAUGGGACCAUAUCAGGCAUGUCCCACUGGAUGGAGACCCUAGGGUAGACCCAGGAUCAGCUGGAGAGAGAUUGGGUUUGGAAAUAUCUAGGAAUCCCAAAGGAAGAGCUGGAAUCUUUGGUCAAAAAUUUGGAGAAGCCUGGAUUGAACUAACAGUUGCAAGACUUACUAACAGAUCCUGUGAUUAAAUUUGGGGGUUCUUGGAGACUUCUUUUUGCAUCAGAUGGACUGCUCUUGGGUUGAAUUUACUGGGAUGGCAAGUCCUGGACAAUUUGGCAGGCUUUUGAAAUCUGAGCCCCUUGUAGAUUAUUUUCCUUGCAGUAGAAUGAUGUAUUUCAAAUAAUUUGUAGAGACUCAUAGGCAUCCACAACUUUUUUUUUUCUGAAGGCCUUAAUGAACUCUUUAGAUCUUGGCAUGAUGACGCCACAUACCUCAAUAGCAAAGGGAACACCAGACACUAGAUAUUAGAGGGGUUUAAAUAAGACACUUACCACCUGCACUCCCUAAGCAGAUUCUAAUCACUGGAACCCAAUCUUGAACACUUGAUUCAAAUUAUAUGUAUUUGAAGGUGUGAUAAUUGUAGGGGUGUACUUAAUUUUUCCAUGUGACUGACCUGUUUUUUUGUUAAUUGUGAAAAUUACUACAAAAGAUACAUUUUAUGUGCCAUUUCAUCGUGCGUAGACAUCUACAAUCACUGUGUUUUGUCUUCUUUGAAGGUUAUUGUAAUAUCAUAACCAACAUGACUUUCCUCCCAGUUAACACCGUGUCUGCAUGCUGUCUUUUAGCCACGGAUUCUUAAUAAAUGUGAUAACGCAUGAGAGAACAUUUGUCAUACAGCCAUGAGCUGGCAGCCAGAACUAAUGCCACCUAACACAAUGUGGCUCAAUUCACCAUCCAUGUUUUCUAUCCUUCUACAUUUUAAUCAAACUGAGAGUGCAUUGAGGAAGUCCUACUGAGGUGCGCCUGCCAUUUAGAUUACAGAUUGCAUGCUUUACAAUAGAUUUAUCUGUAGCCAAUGACUUCAAGGUUGACUUUAGUCUCCCCCAUACACACUGUUUUGUAACCAUCAUAAAAGUCAUUUAUGGCCUGUGGUUGGUUUGAGUAAAUUGCUUUCUCAGUGUACAGAAUUUACACAUACCCUUUUUUUUUUUGGUUUUUUUUUUUUUUUUUUACUUUUACGGAGCAUUGAGGAGUUCUGGGUGUGUGUGUGUCCUUUUUUUUUUUUUUUUUUUUUUUUUUUUAAACUGAGUUUAUGUAUUUAUGUUUAUUUGAUCUUACUGUCAGAAAGCCUAAUGCAUGCACUUGUGUGGCCCUCCGUCUUGGUAUGGGCUGUGAUGUGUGUGUCAGGUCAGCCAUGCCAGCCAGAUGAGUUUGAAUGCCUGACAGGAGAGUGUGUGUCAGAGAAGUACGUAUGCGACUUCACCCGAGAAUGUUCGGAUGGCAGCGACGAGAGGAACUGUACCCAUUCAGAGAGAUGUGAUUUUGAAGAUGGUCUUUGUGAUCUGCAAACACCAGACCCAAAUAAUUUGUGGACUCGAGGCUCAUGCCUGACUGAUCCUGGACCUCCAUUAGACCACACUGGCAACCCUGCAGGACACUACUUGUUCUUGCACUCUGAAACUGGAGAGAUAGUCAUUGCAGAAAUAUCCAGUCCAUUUUUUCUGCCCUCAGAGUCCUGCACGGUCACGUUCUACUAUCACAUUGGCCAGGUGGGUGGAGACUUACAGGUUCUGGUUAAAUCAGAACCUUCAGGAGAGCAGAGACAAAUCUGGAUUCAUACAGGACUGAAUAAUGAGCCACUUACAAAGCCUUGGAUAAAAACCUCAGUUACAUUCAGACAGAGCCAGGAGUUUCAGGUAAUAUUUCGUGGACUGGUGUUUGGCAACAUUGAUCCUAACGAAGUUAUUGCCUUUGAUGACUUGUCGUUUAGCCCAGGCUGUGUGUCUACUGGAGAGGGAAGACGUGCGUCCUCUGCAAGUCCCACUCAGUUUGACUGUGGGGCAGGUGUAUAUGUGGACCCAAAGCAAGUGUGUGACUUUACUCUGGACUGUCGUCAUGGAGAAGAUGAGGCCAACUGUUCUGCACAGUGUGAUUUCGAGGCAGGUGCAUGUGGCUGGCAUGAAUUCGCGCCUGGUGAUGGGUUCGACUGGGUCAGAAGCUCGCCUCAAGUCGUCUCCACAGACCAUCACUGCAAAGCACCUCCAAGAGACCACUCUACCAACUCAAGCACUGGCCACUUUCUUCUAGUCCUAAAGAACCGCAGCAGUUUUUCUCAGCAUGCUUUACUCCGGAGUCCGACGUUCCAGCAGGCUGGCCCGGACUGUAAAAUUUCCUUCUGGCAUUACAACGCUGGUAUAUCCGUGGGUGCAGCCAACAUGUACCUGCAAAUCAAAGGCAUGGAGAACUUCACAGUUCUGUGGCGCACACUUUACCAUCAGGGAAACUUUUGGCAGCCAGUGACUGUGCAGCUUGGCCGCCAGAGAAGUCCUUUCCAGAUCUUGGUGUCCAAACUGAGCCUGGGCGUGUAUGAUGGAAUCUCUGCACUGGAUGACAUCACAUUUCACAACUGCUCACUACCGGUGCCCAUGGACGAGUGUCCUACCCCCGACUACUUCCACUGUGGGCUGAGCCGAGCAUGUGUGGACCGCCUCAAGCUCUGUGACCUUGUUGAUGACUGUGGCGAUGGAACCGAUGAGGAAAACUGCUCCUCUGAGUUAAUGUGCGAUUUCGAGGAUGGCUUAUGCAGCUGGACUCAGGAUAAAGACGACAUUUUUGAUUGGACCUGGAACCAAGGAUCCACUCCCACUCCCAACACCGGCCCCUUUAAGGACCACACAUGGUCCAGUGUGAGUGGGCACUACCUCUACAUUGAGUCCUCUGCCCCUCAGAAGUUCAAAGACACUGCUGUACUCAUUAGUAGACCAUUUCAUCCCACUGUCAGCAAAGGAGAAGUCCCUUGGGCAACUUGUGUUUUCAGGUUCCACUACCACAUGCUGGGCCAGUACAUCUUCCAAUUAGCUGUCUACAUCCGCAACUAUGACAGUGGGCGUGGCCAAAUGCUGUGGAUUCGUCACGGUGACCAGGGCAACCUAUGGCACAGAAAGACCCUGUACAUCAGCAGUGCACGGCCCUUCCAGAUUCUUGUAGAGGGAACAGUGGGAGAUGACUUCACAGGAGAUAUAGCAAUAGAUGACCUCUCAUUUCUGGGCUGUGAGCCAUAUGAGGGUGAACUCCCUUCAUUUGUAGCCAGCACUAUGACUCCUGCAAUCAGCCAUCCCACAUUGCCUCCUAGUCACUGUCAACUGGGCCAGUUUGUGUGUGGGGCCUAUGGAGAGUGCGUGAGCCAGAAUCAAGUGUGUGACUUCAGACAGGAUUGUUCUGAUGGGUCUGAUGAACAAGGCUGUGUGAUGGAACGGUGUUAUUUUGAGGGUGGAAAUUUAUGUGGGUGGGAGCUGGAUAGUCCCAAACCUCCAGUUCCACUACAUGCCUUCAAGUGGCUAAUAGGACAAGGAGAAACUAUAUAUCAUGGUGAAGAAUAUCACAGGCCUGUUAAUGACCAUACACUUGGCACUGCAGAAGGAUGGUACAUCUAUGCAGACAGCUCUAAUGGUGGUUAUGGCCAUGUGUCUGAUCUUAUAACCCCACCCAUCACUGCCACAGGGCCCCAGUGCACCAUGGAAUUCUGGUACUACAUGAGUGGCUUCACUGUGGGAACGCUACAGGUUUGUAUCAAGUCUGGUAAUGUCACACAUGAGGUGUGGUCUGAAACUGGAAACCAAGGCAGCCGCUGGAUGCUUGGCAAAAUUUUCAUCGGAAUCCGCCACAAUUUUCAGGUCAUCCUCCGUAGUAAGCGAGGCGUUAGCUACAUGGGUGACGUGGUGGUUGAUGAUGUUGAGUUUAUUGACUGUGCACCUCUGAUCUUCUCGGGUCUCCCCUGCACAAAGUACGAGUUUGCAUGUGCUAAUGGACUCUGUAUUCCUGAUGGCAAUCUAUGUGAUUUUAUCGACCACUGUGGGGAUGGCUCAGAUGAGAACCACUAUAUCUGCAAGGGCUUUCAUGGCCGCUGUAACUUUGAAUUUGACCUUUGCUUCUGGAGCCAAAUGGAGGACGACAAUUCUGAUUGGCUAAUUAAAGCAGGAAGACCACCCAUGGUGGGAACAGGCCCGUCGACUGAUCACACUCUGCGCAACUCAUCAGGCCACUACCUGUACAAGGAGAACAUUUUCUCCAAAACCUCUGGAGACAUUGCUCAAAUCUCCAGCCCAGUGUUCAGCCAGAGCAGCAGAGAAUGCAAGAUGGUGUUUUACCUGCAUAUGUCUGGUGAGGGCGCUGGCACUCUGAGUGUGUAUAUGAUCACAAAGUCCUCCCUCUCCCUCCUCCUCAACCUCACUGGGUAUCAGGGCAACUACUGGAUCAGACGGGAAGUACCCCUUUUCUCCAAAGAGCACUUCCAAGUCAUGUUUGAGGGCAGCAUGGGCCGAAAUGGAAGGGGAGACAUCAGCAUCGAUGACAUCACUUUCUCGCCAGGCUGUCUCUUUAACCAUGAUCCCAAGACAAACCACCCAGACCCUCCGCCCACUGACUUCAGCCCUCUAGGUUUACUUCAGUGUGGUAACGGUGACUAUUACAAACCAGAGCAACUAUGUGAUUUUAUUGACAACUGUGGGGACAACACUGAUGAGAAGAACUGCGGGACUUCCUGCUCAUUCGAGGACGGACAUUGUGGCUGGAAGAGUUCUCAUGCAGACAAUUUUGAUUUAAUGCUGGGCACUGGCUCCUCCCAGAGCAUCAGACCACCACAUGAUCACACUCUGAUGAAUGAAAACGGCCACUUUCUGUAUCUGGCAGCCACUCCGGUAGGUCUAAAGGGGGAUAAAGCUCAUAUGAGAAGUUUUGUAUAUAAAGAGUCCAGCGCCACCUGCAAACUAGCUUUCUGGUACUACAUUUCCCACAAAGCAACAGGAGUCAUCCGUCUCUUCUUAAAGACAGAGAAUGAGCUGAGGGAGGUGUGGAUGGAGCAGAGGAUGAUGCCUGAGUGGAGGAGAGCUGAGGUGCCUCUGCGGAACCUGAGGAACUUUGAACUUAUCUUUGAGGUAGUGCGUGCGAGAGACGUCAGUGGCGGGGCGGCACUCGACGACCUGCAGUUCAUCAACUGUGCCCGCAGUGGCACACAUCCUGGUUCUUGCCCUGAAGUCACCGAUUUUGUGUGCAACAAUGGCAACUGCAUCGUUUCCAGUCUGGUGUGUGACAAUAAGCCGGACUGCACCGACGGAUCUGAUGAGCUGGACUGCAGUGGCCUGGCAGGAGCUUGUGAUUUUAACAUGCCUGGGGAUGUGUGGGAGGCAGCAUGUCAACUGGUGCAAGAUCAGGAGGAUGACUUUGACUGGCUGAUAGGACAUGGCAGAACACAUCAAGGAACAGGACCAUCUACUGAUCACAGCCCCGAUGGUGCAGGGAGCUACCUGUAUGUGAACUCAUCCUUGCAACAAGAGGGGGAUGUUGCUCGUAUAAUCACCCAGCAGGAGUUUCCUGCCAGUACUGGUGUCUGCCAUCUGCGCUUCUGGUUCCACAUGUACGGCUCCAAACAAAUGGGCACACUGAAGGUCUACACGGUGGGCAGUAGCGGCAUUCCCUUACUGAUGUGGGCUGCUAGUGGGAACUAUGGAGACAGGUGGCGUUAUGGUAACGUGGUGCUGUCAAACCCUCAUCCUUUCAGAGUGAGUUUUCAGGCUGAAGUGGGAGGAGACAAGUGGACAGACAUCGCCAUUGACGACCUCUCGUUCACCCAAGAGUGUGCCAUAGGAGCUCCCGUCACCCCUGUGCCUCCGACGUGUGAUUCAGGACAAUUCCAGUGUGUGUACUUGUUGGAGUGUGUCCCCCAGAUCUGGCGCUGUGAUGGAGAAGCAGAUUGUGUGGAUGGUUCAGAUGAGGAGGAUUGUGGGAGUUUAGUACCCGGGACUGUGCCGCCACAAACAGGCUGUGAGGAUACGCAGUACCACUGUGCCAAGAACAUGUGCAUUCAUUCAUUGUUGCGCUGUGACGGCAUAGCAGACUGCCCCAACGGCGAGGACGAAUAUGGAUGUCCUGUUCUGAAGUGUGAGAUUGGGGAGUUGGUGUGUGAGAGUAGCUGUAUUCCUCACAGCAAGCGAUGUGAUCACACUGUCGACUGUCCUACCUUUAACUCUGACGAGUCUAGCUGCUAUGAGUGCCCCACUGGUUACUGCCUCAAUGAUGGGAUGUGUAGUGUGGGGAACCAUGGACCUGUGUGCAUCUGUAUAUCAAUGUGGACUGGCAACCGCUGCCAUGUGCAGCUAAAACCAACAUCUCCCACAUCUUCAAUUGUGAUUCCUGACACUGAACCAGUCAUACUUUACAGUGCUGUAAGUGUCGCAGUGAUCCUGAUUCUGGCUGUUGUCAUUGGCACUAUUAUCCUCUUCCUCGUACGAAGGAAGUGCACAGUUAAGGAUUCCAAGUUGAUUGCCAAUGACGAACUGGACAUGUAUGCUACUGAGUGUAGAGGAAAGUUUCUAGAUGUGAGGCCCAGAAAAUCUGCUGCCUUUAAGGCAAGAUGGAGUAAAUUUCCUAAACUGGCUAUUAGUGUUUACCCAUGGAGAGAUGAACCAGAGAUUCCUGCCAAACUGUCUUUUUCCAACCCACUCUACAAGGAACCCAAAAGCUCUGAGGCCUGAGGAUAGACACACACACACACACACACACACACACACACACACUCACACACACAAAGGUACUACAAAACCCCUACGGAUGUACUUUUGUAAUUUGAUCCUUCUUGGCUAACAUGACUGUACUUGUACAACAUCCAAAGCCUUAAAACUAUAUAUUUAUGAAAAAUUUAAUUUAUUUUCCUCUUCUGGGACAAAACACUGAGCGCAACUUCAAAUUACCAGCUUAUUCCUUGGGCUCUGAGAUGUUAGAGCCUGCAUUUAAAGUUCUCCGAGUUGAGGAAGUUGUCGCAUUAAGAAGCAAAACCCAAACUCUUUAUAACUCCGUCAUUUUUCAAUGAACAAGACAAAUUGUCCUUGUUUUGAUUUCCUGUUUUGUUCAGAGUAGAAACAUGUGUGGCUUUCAUUAUUGUUCAUAUAACAUAGAAUAGACCACAAUUCUACUGCAAAACCUGGGCUUUGUUUAAGAUUUAAAUCAUGAAAUGGUUUUCGUGUGGGACCACAGCAUAUGCCAAUAAAUGCAGACAGUUCACCAAAACCAAUAUUCAGCCUGACAGCAUGACUUUUCAGUUGUGUGUGUGUGUGUGUGUGUGCUUUAGACUCUCUCUGUCUCGCUCUCAGAAUUAGCAAUUACCAGUAACGUCACUACAUGUGUUGAUUUAAAUGGCGAGUUGAAGCAUUUUAUUACAUUUAGCAAAUGACAGUCAGAUAGUAUGUCCUGCACCUAGAACAAUUCUAAAAUACACCAAAUUAUAGGAAAGUUAUAACGUUAUAUGAUAAAGAAUAUGUUAUUCAUAUACAAUAAGUAAGUAAUGAAUAUUGUAUGUUGUCAUGGCAAUAUGUGAAUGCUGUAUUAAACUGGAUAUUUAAGGUCACUGAACUCAGAAACACACACCCACACACAAUGUGAUACUAAAUCAGUCAUUGAACUGCUGAUCUGAGGUUCUGCGGAAACGCAGCUUUAUUGAUCACCUUUUUCCAUGCACAGUAUGUGUGUUUGUGGGUUGUGUUUAUACUCGCUCCUGUGUUUUUAACAAGAAAUUCAGAACACUUAACAAAACAAUGUGGGAAUCAUUAUGUGCCUCCAUCCGUUAAUGUGAAUGUUAUUAGAAGGCUACGGACUCACCGAGGAAUUAAAAUACUGAAACACCCACUCGCUAUAUCAUAAUUCAUAUGAAAAUAAUCCCUUUAGUGCCGGGGUUCUCAAACUUUUUAACAGCUUUAUCUGUCAAAUAAAUUCUUUGCUACAAAUUUAUGAACGCAAUCCACGUAUUCAAAUAUCAAGCUCAUAAUUUAAACAUGUACUAAUCCACUCUGGCUAAUGAAGAUUUGUUUUUUAUUCAGCUUUUUAAUUCUAGGUUCAUGCUGGCAUUUUUUUUUUAGGAAGGGUUUGUGGGGGGCAUGGUUGGGGGUUCAAAUCCCGCUUCCCGUCGUGCAUGUUCUCCCCGUGCUUUGGGGACGUCUUCCAGGUACUCUGGUUUCCUCUCCCAAUCCAAAGACAUACGUUGUAGGCUGAUUAGCAUUUCCAAAUUGUUCAUAGUGUUUGAAUGUGUGUGCGAUUGUGCCCUGCGAUGUGUUGGCACCCCAUCCAGGAUGUCACCCGCCUUGUGCCCAGCAUUCCCUGGGAUAGGCCCCAGGCUCCCCGAGACCCUUUGUAGGAUAAGCGGUAUGGAAAAUAGUGGAUUUGUAUAGAAUUUUCCUUUCUAGCACCAGAUGAACUGGGAACAUUUCGGCAUUGAUCAUAACAUAGUCAGAGAUUAUUUGAAUGGUAUUUCAGGCAUACAAAUUAGUAACAGGAAGGACUAGACUUGUUGGCAGCAGAGGCAUCCCCGUAGAUGCUGCUGACAUCCAGUUCUACUUUUCAGACCCUCCAAGAUUUCACGAUCGCAGAAAUUAGCGCAAAAUCAACGAAACUGCAUAAUAUCCAAAGGAGCGGGCAAUUUUUCAAAAUUACCACAGAUUUGGGCCAAAACGCAUCAUGUGAUAUCAUCCCUACAUGCAUUUAGCCAAAGCCCUCAAACAUGAGUAAAGCUAAAAUAUCUCAUUUACAAAACGGACAUCACUGCGAAAGACCGUUCAAAACAAUUUCCUGUGAUUGCAAUUUCACAUUUGCAUAACAGGUGAAUGUAAAUCCUGUUUAUGG